CAGGCUUCGAGGGGCGCCGCCUCCUUUUGCUGUCCCUCCUCCUUGGCCUUCCGCGGCGAUUUCCCCCUCGGCGGCCCUUCCCCUCGUCCCCGCCGGUGCCCCCGUUCGGCCCGAGCAGCUGGCUGGCGGGCGGCCGGCGGGUGAUGUCGCGGAGCGCCCCGAUACGCAUCCAGCUGAAGCAGCGCUCCGGGCCAGGAGCCGGCGCCCUCGCAGCGCGCGCCGCGGGGCAGCUCGCCGAGCCGGGGCGGCUCGGAGGAGAGCGGGCCCGCGCUCCGCCGGCCCCGCCGGAGCGGCCGCCGACGCCGCCGCCUGAGCCGCCCGCGGCCCCGUCGCGGAAGGAGAUGUCCUCCUCGGAGGACAUGGCCGUCGCGACCAUGGCCGCCGCGGGCCUCUCGGAGGCGUCCGAGAGGCCCGCCGAGCCCUCCGAGGAAGAGGCGGCCCCGGAGGCCCCGAGGAGCGGCCCCGGCGAGGGCGCCUCCGCUGACGCGGCCCCGCCAGGGGGCGAGGCGCCGCCGGCGCCGCCAGGGGCGGCCGUGCUGGCCAGCUUCGGUGGGCUCGUCUCGCUGCUGGACGUGGGCGCGCUGGCGGAGCUGUUCAGGACCUUCCACAGGGAGGUGGACGAAUUCGCGCAGGCCGAGACCGAGAGGCAGUUUGAUUUGGACGCCCGGGGCAAGAAGGUGCGCAAGGACGUCAGGGGGCUGCAGGAGGCGCUGCAGGGCCUCCUGGACGACUGCGCGCCCGACGGCGGCGUCUCGGAUGACGACGACGACGCGGACGGGGACGACGCGGAGGCGGACGGCGCAGCCCAGCACGUGCUCUCCAAGCACAAGGUGCCACAGGUCGUGCGCCUGGUCGCGGACGACCAGCGCGCGGUGCAGGACGCCUGCGAGCUCAUGUCGGCCUUUGUGGAGAGGCACUUCGCGAGCAGCAAGGAGCUCCGGGCGCUGGCGGAGCAGCCAGAGCCUGCCGCCCUCCUCCGCGGCCUCCUGCGGGUCGCGGUCGCUGAGCUCGAGGAGGCCGCCGAGGCGGACAAGAAGAGCGCCAGCAAGGAUGACUCCAGCGACAGCAGCGCCGAAUCCGACGGCAAGCCCGACGGUAAGAAGGCCGAGCCCGACGGCAAGAAGGCCGAGCCCGACGGCAAGAGGGACCGCAGCCGCUCCCGGGACCGCCGCUCACGGGACCGCAGGGAGCGCAGCGGCAGUGACCGCAAGCGCAGAGACCGGGACGACGACAGGGACCGCAAGGGCCGGGGCGACGACCGGGACCGCAAGGGCCGGGACGACGACCGAGACCGCAGAGACCGGGACGACGACCGGGACCGCAGAGACCGGGACGACGACCGGGACCGCAAGGGCCGGGACGACGACCGGGACCGCAAGGGCCGGGACGACGACCGGGACCGCAAGGGCCGGGACGACGACCGGGACCGCAAGGGCCGGGACGACGACAGGGACCGCAGAGACCGGGAUGACGGUCGUGACCGUAGAGAUCGGGAUGACGACCGGGACCGGCGCGACAGGGAGCGCCGCGACCGCAGCGGCGACCGGCGUGACCGGGACCGCAGCAGGGACCGCAGCAGGAGGAAGAGCGCCGACCGCGGCAAGGACCGCAGCAGGGACCGCAGCAGGAGGAAGAGCGCCGACCGCGGCAAGGACCGCAGCAGGGACCGCAGCAGGAGGAAGAGCGCCGACCGCGGCAAGGACCGCAGCAGGGACCGCAGCAGGAGGAAGAGCGCCGAGCGAGGCAAGGACCGCGACGGCGACCGCAGGGACCGCGACCGCCGCGACGACAACCGGGACGAGCGAGAUCGCCGUGACCGUGACCGCCGUGAUGAGCGGGACCGCGACGACAGGGGCGGCGAUCGCCGCUCCAGGGACCGCGACCGCCCUGUUCGGGAAGACCGGCGGGAUCGCGACGACCGUGACCGCCGCUCCCGAGACCGCGGGGGAGACCGCGAACGCCGGGACCGCGACGGGCGCUCCCGAGACCGUUCCCGAGACCGCGGGGGUGACCGGGGCAAAGCGUCCGACAGGGACCGCGACCGCGACCAGGACCGCGGCGAGAAGGAGGACCCCGGGCCGCGCGCCAAGUCCGCCGAGGACCGCGACCGCGGCGGGAAGGAGAAGGGGGGUGCCAAGGAGAAGGACGACGACCUCGCCGGGGCCCCAGACGAGCCCGACUCACCUGGCGUCCCGCAGGGCAGUAGGUGGGAAGCUCCUGAGAUCUAA